GGCCGGGGUAGCCCGUGGUAACCCAGAGUCUGCGGAAGUGGAGACCGGUGGGCAGGCGACUGAGACAGGGGACUGAAAGAGCCAUAAUUGUGACAUCAGGUGUUUUUUUGGUAAGCGGCCAUUUAUGAUUCCGGAAGAUUAAGGCAGCUAGGAAGCCCCUUCUGAGAUUUUAACAAAGCUCUCGAACAACAACCAACGCCAUGGACACAAAGCUGGACCCUUCCCGGGAUGACCUACCUCUCAUGGCCAACACCAGCCACAUACUUGUGAAGCACUAUGUACUGGAUUUAGAUGUGGACUUUGAAAGUCAAAUCAUCGAGGGCACCAUAGUGCUUUUCUUUGAGUCUGGAAAGAAACAGAGUGGGUCCACCAAGGAACCCUGCCGAUCAGAGUCAAACGAAGCCUGCAGAUUUAGGAUGCCUGAACCCUGCCAUAGUCCUGUGACAGAUACAAGGACCUUCUCCUCUAAAACAAGAUCUAAUGAUUUUACAAUCUGUAGUAAAGGUGAAAAAGAUACUUCUGGUAAAGAUGGUAACCAUGACAACCGGGAACAGGCUUCUGGGAUUUCUAGCUCAAAGUACUGCUGUGACACAGGGAAUCAUGGGAGUGAGGAUUUUUUGCUAGUGUUGGACUGCUGUGAUUUAUCUGUGUUAAAGGUUGAGGAGGUGGAUGUUGCUGCUGUGCCAGGUAUUGAAAAAUUGACAAGGUCUCCCAAGCUCACAGUUGUUUCUGAGGAGCUCAGGAAUCAGAUUGUGUGUGAACUUGUGACUCUGCCUGCAGAUCGUUGGAGGGAGCAGUUAGACUAUUAUGCUCGUUGCAGCCAGGCUCCUGGCUGUGGGGAACUCCUGUUUGACACUGACACUUGGAGCUUGCAGAUCAGGAAGACAGGGGCUCAGACAGCUACUGACUUUCCUCACGCCAUAAGGAUACGGUACAGCACCAAACCCCAGGGGCGAUCAGUUACCUGGACCUCAGACCAGAGUGGCAGGCCAUGUGUUUAUACUAUGGGAUCUCCCAUAAACAACAGGGCCCUUUUUCCCUGCCAGGAGCCACCCGUUGCCAUGUCAACAUGGCAAGCUACAGUUCGAGCAGCUGCAUCUUUUGUUGUUUUAAUGAGUGGGGAAAAUUCUGCCAAGCCAACACAGCUUCGGGAAGGGUGCUCAAGCUGGCAUUACUAUGUAACCAUGCCGAUGCCGGCCUCCACCUUCACAAUCGCAGUGGGAUCCUGGACAGAAAUGAAGCCAGAGACCUGCUCAUCCAAUGAUCUGGCAGCAGAGAGAUCUCUGUCACCUUCCGAGGCCGACUUCAGGUAUGUUGGCAUUUGUGGUCACAUGGAAUACCCCUGCCGCUUCCAGAAUCCUUCUGCCACCACCCAGGAAAUUAUUCCUCAUCGGGUCUUUGCCCCACUGUGCCUCAAGGGUGCCUGCCAAGAGACCCUUCUGCAACUGGUCCCUCCUUGCCUCUCAGCAGCACACCGUGUCCUGGGAACACACCCGUUCUCCAGGCUGGACAUACUCAUCGUCCCCGGCAAUUUUCCGAGUCUGGGGAUGGCCAGCCCACACAUCAUCUUCCUCUCUCAGAGCGUCUUGACGGGAAACAGCCAUCUCUGUGGGACCCGUCUCUGCCAUGAAAUCGCUCAUGCCUGGUUUGGCCUAGCCAUCGGGGCCCGGGACUGGACGGAGGAGUGGCUGAGCGAAGGGUUCGCCACUCACUUGGAAGAUGUGUUCUGGGCCAAAGCACAGCAGCUGGACCCCCACGAGGCCCAGGAGCAGCAGGAGCUGAAGGCUUGUCUACGCUGGUGUCGUCUCCAGGACGAGGUGCGGAACUCCCCGGAGGAGAUGCAGGUGUUGAGACCCAAUAAAGAGAAGACUGGCCAUGUGAGUGACUCAGGAUCAUCUGUCGUCAAACAUGGGCUCAAUCCUGAGAAGGUCUUCAUGCAGGUUCAUUAUUUAAAGGGCUAUUUCCUUCUCCGGUUCCUUGCCCAAAGACUUGGAGAUGGCACCUAUUUUGCAUUUUUAAGAAAAUUUGUGCACACCUUUCAUGGGCAGCUGAUUCUUUCUCAGGAUUUCCUUCAAAUGCUGUUGGAGAACAUCCCAGAAGAAAAAAGGCUUGAGUUGUCUGUGGAGAACAUCUUCCGAGACUGGCUUGAGAGUUCUGGAAUACCCCAGCCGCUGCAGAGGGAACGCCAGGCCGGGGCGGAGUGCGGGCUUGCGCGGCAAGUGAGCGUCGAGGUCGAGAAAUGGAUUCGAAUGAACCGGAGACCCCGAAAACGGAAGCGAAGGGAGACCGAAGAAGUGUUUGAAAAGCUCCUUCCAGACCAGCUUGUCUUACUUCUGGAGCAUCUCUUGGAGCAGAAGACUUUGAACCCCCGGACUCUUCAAAGCCUUGAAAGGGCAUAUCGCCUUACCCAGCAGGAUGCAGAGGUUCGCCAUCGGUGGUGUGAACUCAUCAUAAAGCAUAAAUACACAAAAGCGUACAAAGAUGUGGAGAGAUUCCUCCAGGAGGAUCAGGCCAUGGGCAUCUACCUCUAUGGGGAGCUGAUGGUGAGCGAGGACUCCCGGCAGCAGCAGGUCGCCCGCCGCUGCUUCGAGCUGACCAAGGAGCAGAUGGACAGAUCCUCAGCCCAGGUGGUGGCCGAGAUGUUAUUCUGAAGAGCCCCGCGGGCCGGCGCAGGAGCUCCCAGCUGAGGCACUGCUUCCGGGCUGUCGAUUGGACCCGCCCUCCGGUGCCUACUGAGCUGAUAUCAGUUCUCAUUUUACACACUGGCUCAGUUCAGCAGGAACAGGAGUCGAGCCCUAGAGCAAAAAGCCUUCCUGUGUGUAAGUGCCCGGAGGCUCCAGAGCUGGGACUGCGCUCACCGAAGACCGCGCGCCUGGACCCCCGGCAGCGGCGGCGCCCGUCUGUAUGUGGCCCUGGGGUGUGGAUGUUGGUGGCAUCGUAGUGAUAUGUUGACACGCAGGGGACGAGGGGACGGGCCUCCGCUCCUAAAGGCAGAACAGAACGCGGUUAGCGCUUCACGGGACCCAGGCCACACUGCCUCCUUGUGCGCUGGGUUCAGGCUGCGGAAGCAGGUGCAAAGAAUGGGGCCCGGCUUACGGUCGCUGGCUUUCACAGCCGUGUGUGAGCAGUGUGGCUGUGAACCCCACUGUGGGGUCGUGAGGUGCCGCGGGUCUCAUCCCAUCCUCUCAGUCUUGUCUCCAAAGUGGAGAGCGAAGGCACGCAGCGGUACUGGUUUACAAGAAUUCCUCCGUUGUUACCAGGCUGUAAAUUUUAUUGCUGUUUCCUUUGCAGGAAAGAUCACAGCGAGAUUCUUUUUCAUGCAUCUACUCCUAGCCCUGGUGGGACCAGGAUCGCAUUGACCCUGGACAUCAAAGGAAGGGUAUUGGGGCUGCUAAAGCCAUCAGCCAGCGGCGUCCAGGCUUUGGUGCUUCUCUUUCCAGAGGCUGCUGUCCCUGGAGUUCACGGACCGCGUGGUGCCUUUGUCCCCCGCCCUGAACUUGCCACCCCAAGACAUGGAAUCUGAAUUGGAUCUCUUCUGUGAGGUCAAGGCAGUUCUUUCACACAAACGAUGAAAGCUGUCUGAGAAAAAAUCAGAAAAACUGCUGAACUUGUUGCAUGGAUCCUCUCAGCAUAUGGCUGCACUGGAUGUUUUUUAGAAUUCCAGGAAGUCAGAGAUUCUGUAUACUGGGAUCAGUGAACACCAUUUGGUAUUCUUCUCUGGGUCAUUUCAGAAAGAUCCUACAGGAUUGUCUUGAUUGCUAGGUCUUGUUCUUUAGCUAUUUCUGAAAGGGCAGGGUAAGAAUCCAAGAUGUGUUCAUAAUAAAACAUGAUUGCUGUUUUUGUA